AUGUUAAGAAGAGAUAGUACAUUAAGUAAAUAAUCCCUGGAAGAUGAGAACCAGAUUAAAUAGGAGAGCGAAGUUUUGAAAAUAGUCCAGAUUUUAAGCAUGGAAUCAUAUGAGCGAACUAUAAUGCAAUUGAAUUAUGUGGCUAGGAGAUUAGAAAGAUCAUUUACAUAUUUCAAAAAAUUGAAAUCUCAGUUGAGAGAAGACAUUCUCCUUAAAUUAAUAAAGUCUCUAUUAAUAGAGAGGUUCAAAUAAUAUGAGACAGUGUUUAAUUAAGGAGAAACUGGACGAAAAAUGUAUUUCGUUUUAGAGGGGGAAGUGUCGAUACUUGUGAAAAAUUAGGACCAUAUUGACACUGCCAUCAACUAGAAGAAAUAUAAAUUGAAAAAAUUUGAAGAUGUUUUGGCUAUUCGUUUCCCGAAUUUCAGAUAGGUAGCAACCAAAAAGUAGUUUGACUAUUUCGGAGAAAUAGCAAUAGAGCAGAGAAUACCGAGAACAGCUACUGUGGUUGCAAAGGAAUCCACAACUUUGGCUGUGUUGACUUACGAAUCUUAUUAAAAGCUUUUACGAGAUAUUACUUAAGAAGCCAUCACAAUAAGAUCAGAGCUCAUUGCUCAGAUGUACCCUUUUGAUUAAUUGAAUGAAUCUUCGUUGCAACAAUUAUUGCAUGAUUAUGAAGAAAUUAAUCUAAAUGGAGGAGCAUUAUUAUUUAAACGAAUGCAGAAAGCAGAUUGUCUCUAUUUAAUUAUCUCUGGGGAAGUGCUGGUAUAAAAGUGGGAAGCAGUAAAAAAUAAAGAAGAAUCUGAGGAAGAUGAUGUAGUUGAAACUAAUGUUUUAAGCAAGCCAAGCAAAGUCUUAGUUAAUUUAGGAGUUUUUGGUAGAGGAUAAAUGAUUGGGGAUUUUGAAUAGUUUCUUAGUUUGAAAUCACCAACUCCUCUAUUAAGAUGCACUCAAGGGGUAGUUCAAAAUUAGGUUAAAGUCUAUAGAAUUUGGUACAGUUAAUUUAAUGAAAUCAUCAGACACACUUUAGGUAUGAAUUGGUAUGAAAAUUACUUGAAUGAGAAAUAUUAACAAAAAUAAAAUCAUAGCAUUCCUAAAAUCAAAGUAACCAAUAGAACUGUUAGAACAUAAUCAAAUAUCACUAUUCUAAAUGGAAUGAAAGAUCCCUCUUAUAUCAAAAUUUCAAGUGAUAGAUAUAAAAUUGUCAAAAAUGUUGAUGAGAAAUUACCCACUGUCUCUAAAUAAUCUCCCAAAAGAAAGUUGUAAUUGACUAUCGAUUAUAAAGAUAAAACUAAUCUUAAAUAUUAUAAUGCUGUUAGUCCUAAUCUAUAAAAUAAACCUCAAUUAAAUACAAACUAAAAUUUCUCAAUGAAAUACUUUGCAACUUCAUUGAAACAGAAGAUAUUGGAUUAAAAGAAUGAAGAAUAAACUAGUUUAAAUUUUGGAUCUACUAAGUAUUUAAAAACUGAGCCUUCUACUGAGUAAAAUAUUCCAACAUGCAAUACUAUUUUAUUGUCUCCUAGGUAUUCUAAACUUAUCAAAAAAGAACCUAGCAUUCAUAGAUUCAAAUCUUGA